AUGGUUGACUUCUCAGUAAUAUUCUCGUAUACUCAUGGAAUCAUAGCAAUAUGUGGAAUGCUCUUCAAUGUCCUGUUAGCCUACUUGGCAUUGUUCCAAACUCCACGCGUAAUUCAAUCAUAUUCCACGUUGAUUGUUAAUUUUGCAAUAACUGACUUUUUUGCCUGUCUUUUCGACUUUUUUGUUCAGCAAAGACUGAUUCCAUCUGGAUUGACAUUGGCUUAUAUUUCAAAUGGACUUUGCAGUCAUUUUGGGCCGACUACGUGUUAUGUUGGCUACAGUUUGAUGCUUCAUUGUCUUUCCCACUCCCUUUGGUCACUGCUUCUCUCCUUCUCCUAUCGUUGCUACAUUCUCUAUAAACCUGCUCCAACUCGUCACGUUCUUGUAAUUCUGAUAUUCUUGAUCUACACACCAUCCCUUUUUCAAUUCGUCUCAUUUCUUUGGGCACAAGACGAGCCAACUGAAAUUCGAGAAAUUCUCACGGAAUCCUUUUCGACAUAUAAUUUGACAGGGUACACUGUAACUGGAACAAAAAAUAUUAUUUGCUUCUCAGCUCUUUUUACAAUUCUUCAUAUGACUCUGCCAAUUACUCCGGUUUACAUUUGCAUUUUGGUAUUGAGAAGAAGAAUUAUAUCGAGGCUAAGCUUCAAAGGAGUCAAUAUUACAAAAGAUACGAAAAACCUCCAUUCUCAACUUUUAAUGGCCCUAACCUAUCAAGCAGCAAUACCUGGUUUCUACUUGUUCGGAGUAACAUCUUAUGCAAUUGGACAAUUUGGAAUUUAAAUCAUCCAGCUCUUGACAUUUUCUUCAUUUCUUUUCAUUCCACUUCUUUCUCCCCUUGCUUCAUUUAUUUUUGUAACCCCGUACCGUCAUUUUAUCAAUCACGCAUUUUUCAAAAUGGCUCAUGUUGAACCGGCAGAAUCAUCUUCUACACCUCAUAAUUAUACAAGUCAUAUUCAUGUAAUUGGUUGA